GUGAUUUCAAAAUGAGUUUCAAAACUUUUAUCGAGAAAAAUAUCGAUCUCUCGAGCGAUGAGUCGUUUUGUGUCCUAAAGAGUGAUCACGUGAUCGAAAGACACGAAGAAUGGCAGCGAUUGUUACCACGAGUUAAACAAUACUUUUCGCUGAAAUUCAAUUCUUUUGAACCGUUUUUGAGAAUUCUGUCAGAAUUUGGAUUUCAUUUCGAAGUUUCGAAUCGAACAGAUUUGAAAGUUUUGGACGAAAUUGGAGUCAAUUUUACGCGCGUUUUGUCGACUAAUUGUUGCAAAAGCGACGCAUUUGUGGCGGAAUUGAAAUCUAUCAGUGAUCACGUGAUCGAAAGACACGAAGAAUGGCAGCGAUUGUUACCACGAGUUAAACAAUACUUUUCGCUGAAAUUCAAUUCUUUUGAACCGUUUUUGAGAAUUCUGUCGGAAUUUGGAUUUCAUUUCGAAGUUUCGAAUCGAACAGAUUUGAAAGUUUUGGACGAAAUUGGAGUCAAUUUUACGCGCGUUUUGUCGACUAAUUGUUGCAAAAGCGACGAAUUUGUGGCGGAAUUGAAAUCUCGCGGCAUUUCGUUGUUAUGUAUUGAUUGCGAACACGAAUUGCAAAGAGUUGUGUCAAUACACGCGACGACACGAGUAUUGUUGAGAAUAUGUUUGGAAAAGAACUCGAAAUUCGGAUUAAAUUUGGAAUUGAUUUCGAAUUUUCUGCAAAAAUCAAAAUCUCUUCGAAUAAAAGUAAUCGGAGUUUCGAUUCGCGCUAACAAUGCUUUGCAGUUAGAAAUGGCUUUAAUUGCGGCCAAAAUGGCGUUCGAUUUGGGAUUCAAAGCGGGACUAGAAAUGAAGGUUUUGGACAUUUGCGGCGAUUUCGCGCGAAUUGAAGACAUUUCGCACAUUAUUAACGAAAACAUUGAAACGAAUUUCAAAAACACGACAAUUAUCGCAGAAAUGAGUCGUUUUUUCACAGAAUAUGCGUUCGUUUUGUUCACAAAAAUCAUCGCCAAAAGAAAAACCGCACAAAAUAUUCACUACUAUUUAAACGACGGAAUAUUCGGCUCCUUUCGCGACGUUUACGUCUCUGACAGACAUCCGGAGCCCAACUUUCUCCUCAUCAAUGAUUGGCGCCGACGACCCGUCAAUGAGAGCAUCGUUUGGGGCCCGACUUGUGACAGCUCUGAUUGUGUGUUGCGAUCCAUAGAAAUGCCGGAACUGUUUGUCGGCGAAUGGGUUUUGUGGGAAGGAAUGGGAAGUCAUUGCUAUUCGGCGUCAAAGCACUCGUUUAACGGCAUUUCUCUUCCCAAAUAUAAAGUGUUUUCCAAUAAU